ACUGCAAACUGAGCACGUGUCUCUUUUUAAAACGGUUCCACAUAGCGAAUGGAAGCAAAUAAAUACAUCGCAAAAGUCAUUCCCAGUAAAAUUAUGAUCGGCCUCUAUUACUUUUCAUAGUUACGUCAGCAGUAAAUUCUUAUCCCUACCAUGGUCAAUAGCAUAAAGCGAAGCGUUCAAAUAAGUGGAAGCGUUUGCGGCGAUUGUGCUAGCAUACUACGAAUCGACUAAUCCUGUUGGAAAGUGCAGUCCACCCUCCUGUCCGCGACGCGGCAGUGUUUUUUCCUCUGGUCUCUUCUCCUCGCCCUCAACUCCUCUCAGUUCGCAGAGCGCUGCAGACACACACGUGGGAGCAAUGGAUGCUGGCAGGUUACAGUUUCAUGAAAUGGGGCUGGAUGAUCGCCUUUUAAAGGCGCUGGCUGACCUUGGCUGGGCACAGCCUACCCUGAUCCAGGAGAAGGCCAUCCCGCUGGCACUGGAUGGGAAGGACCUCCUGGCUCGAGCCAGAACCGGCUCUGGAAAAACCGCUGCCUACGCUGUGCCAAUCAUCCAGCACAUCCUCUCUGUGAAGCAGUCGGUGACGGAGCAGGCAGUCCGAGCCCUCAUCCUGGUCCCCAGUAAGGAGUUGGGACAGCAGGUGCAGAAGAUGAUCCGUGAGCUGACUGCCUUCUGUGCCAGGGACGUGCGUGUGGUUGACAUCUCCGGCCAGGCGGACCUCUCCGCACAGAGGCCCAUCCUGAUGGAGAAGCCCGAUAUCGUGGUGGGCACUCCCUCUCGUGUGCUGGCUCAGCUGAGCGCUCAGAACCUGCUCCUGCGCAGCUCCCUGGAGAUGCUGGUCAUCGAUGAGGCCGACCUGGUCUUCUCUUUCGGCUUUGAGAGCGACCUCAAGAGCCUCCUCUGCCACCUGCCCAAAAUCUACCAGGCUUUCUUGAUGUCUGCCACGUUUAACGAAGACGUCCAGUCCCUGAAGAAGCUGGUUCUGCACAACCCGGUGACUCUGAAGCUGCAGGGCUCCCAGCUGCCAGGCAGCUCCCAGCUCACACAGUACCACAUCCGCUGUGAGGAGGAGGAUAAGUUCCUGCUCAUCUACACCCUGCUCAAGCUGGCCCUGGUCCGGGGCAAGACCCUCAUCUUCAUCGGGACCAUUGACCGCUGCUACCGCCUCAAACUCUUCCUGGAGCAGUUCAGCAUCCCUGCCUGCGUGCUCAACUCGGAGCUCCCUGUGCACUCCAGGUGCCACAUCAUCGGGCAGUUUAACCAGGGGUUCUACGAUUACAUCAUUGCCACGGAUGAGCAGAGUCUAGAGGACCCCCCCGCCCUGCCCGGGGGGCACGGCAAGAAGGGCAAGAAGAAGAAAGCCCAGGGCAGGGGCGGGAAAGACAAAGAGUACAGCGUCUCGCGAGGGAUUGAUUUCCAGAACGUGGCUAAUGUUAUUAACUUCGACUUCCCCACAACCAUAGAGUCGUACAUCCACCGUGUCGGCAGGACAGCCCGUGCGGAUAACCGCGGAACAGCCCUGACCUUCGUAUUGCACACACAGCUCCCCCUGCUGGCUGAAAUAGAAGAUGCCCUCACUGCAGAGAAUGCAGACUGCGCCCUGAAACCGUACGAGUUUAAGAUGCAGGAGAUUGAGGGGUUCAGAUACAGGUGUCGGGAUGCCAUGCGCUCUGUCACCAAGCAGGCUGUGAAGGAGGCCCGUCUGAAGGAGAUCAAACAGGAGCUGCUCAACUCUGAGAAACUCAAAACGUACUUUGACGAUAACCCUCGAGACUUCCAGCUACUACGCCACGAUAAAGCUCUGCACCCCGCCAUCAUCAAACCCCACCUGAAGAACGUUCCCGAGUAUCUCAUCCCUCCCACACUGAGGGGUGUUGCCCAUCCUGUAAUACGUAAGAAGAGGCAGAGACGAACACAGGGCAUAGCCGGGGGCAGAGAAACGAAGAAGAACUUCAAGCAACAACACAAAAAGAGGAACCCUCUGAAGAGCUUCAGAUACACAGGAAAGCAGGGCCAGGGGAAGAGUGGUCGAGGGGCGAAGUCCUAGACCAGUGAGAGGCAGGACUGGACUGGGGGGCAGGGCUAUGUAUAUCUGCAUGAAAAGAGAAAUCAGUGACUGUUUGGGGCAGUGGUGGGUCCGUGCCACCAAAGACUGGAGACUCUACAGAGUUUGUAUUGCCCACCUGCUUGUCAUCCUUUCUGUAGUGAGGAGAACUUUAAACUCCACGCUGAUGAAGGCAUUCGCUUCAUGACAUUGUUUGCUUAAUCUCUAUAGCAGUCAGUCUGAAUGUUGAAACCCAGGAUUGGUUACCGGACUGCUGCCCUUUUCUUUUUCGAACUAUAGAGAUUGUGUCCUUUUUGGGCUUUAUAUUACUGCUCUCCCAUAAUCAAGCUGUGGUCUACCAAGCACACCUCCUUUUCAUGCCCUUUUUAAAACGUUGAGGUGCCAUCAAGCCAUUUACUCUGAAACCAUCUGUAGAUUUGUGAGUGUGUUCACAAGGAUUUUGUCCUUUUUCUAAGAAGGUUACUGCACAUAGUCUUGGUCGGUGUUAGUCUGGGUCUGUGAACCCAGCUGCAUGUGUGUAAUAGUAAAGUGCCCGUCUCCUGGCCUUGUUCAGGUCGUGCUGAGGGAUUAGGACAUCAAGCUCACAGCUGCGCUUCAUGCUGAUUGGGUCAGGUUCAAAGUCACUUGCACAAGUUUAACUGGACUGCACCCUGGGCUACAAGGUGUGCCUUUCUGGAUCUUAUCUCAUACCUGGUAAGGGUGCCUGUGUGUCUAGAGAGCACACAGUGGUUGCUUUUUGUUCCUUUUAUUUGCAAAUGUGUAAUUGUAUUAUUUUCAAUAAUUAAGUUCAAAAAGGGGUAUCUAAAAUAAUUUAUUCUUCAGCUUUUUUGUAGUCAUGUGCUACUUUACUCAUGUGAAAUUUAAAGGUCAUGUUACUGUUUUAUAUUGAUAAAUAAAUAUGGCUGUGUACUGUACCGUCA